GUUGGCUACAUUGUAGCGAACGUAAACAAUAGAUUGCAUUUCAAAUUCAUUGCAAAAAUUCUCCCACUAAUACAAUUUUUUAUAGAUUAAUUUCAAUUCAAAGGCUGCUAUUAUGGCGGAAAAUAUACCCAAAGCCCGCCCUUCUAUACAUGAUAGGCGUGACUCACAAACAUCCCAACGUGAGGAAGUUAUUGAUGAAGGAAAUGAUUCGUCGCCGUCGAUCUUGCAUAGUAGUCAAGAACAAAUUACCACCGAAUCGGGUGGUUCUGAUCUAGAGGGAUUCGAAAAUGAAACCAUAUACAAUAGUAAGGGUUAUAAAUUAAGACCGGAUUUUAAUGUAUCACGCAGUGUGCCACGUACACCUCAAAGGCCAAAACCCCAACCGGUGGAUAGUUCUCCCAGAUCUCCACAAUACGGAACCGAAAGAGCAACUGUGCCUUUGGAAAAUGUUCAGAAUAGGUUUUCCCCUUUCCAUAUACUUCUCAUAAGUUUUACACUAUUACUGGCGAGUUGGUAUUUUGUACCAAGAGAAACAAAACCCAGAAAUUGUUCCUUUGAUGCGUUGCAAAAACAAUAUACCCAAGAAAAUCCUCGUAUAUGGCGCACUUUAUCAGUGGGCAUAGAAACGAUUUUAAAUAGAAGAACUGAGCAGCCAGCAGUAUAUUUAUUUGCUCAUCAUGGUGGUCCAAAUGUUUUCCGUUUAAUAAAAGAUAUAGCUCGGCAUUCGUCGGGUUGUUUUGGUAAACAAAUGCUGCCCAUUGAAAUGGAAAGUAAUGAUUUUAUAUCUGCUCCCGGAGUUGAAGAUGAUUAUGGUUUUGCCAUUCAGAAAUAUAAGGCAAAAAUUAAAGAGGGUAAUGUUAUAUUGAUAGCUAAUCUCAAUGAGAUACCAGCCGAAGCUGCUAGAGCUUUGCAUACUAUAUGCGAUACUCAUAGUCCUAUUGCUAAAGAUGUGGUUAUAUUUUUGACCCUUACUUUAUCCGUAGAGGCAGAGGGCAGCGCUAACGCGAAGGCUGAAUAUACUUUAGAAGAAUUGUGGGGCUCGAAACUAAUACGCAGUGAAUUGGAUCCUUUAAUAACACGCGUCACCGAUCAAGUGGUUGUUUUGCAAAGUUAAAUUUGUUUUUAAGUAUAAGUUUUUUUUGUAUUAAUUAUGUUAUAGUUAUUAAAUUAUAGUUUGGUUAUUAAUUUGUGAAAAAAGAACUAAAUAAAAUUUAAUAAAUAUUUUUAUACU